AUGGAAUGGAUGUUUGAAACUGUAUGUUUUAAAGAAAUUAUGUUAACUGAAUGUCACAGUUUUACAGAAGUUCUUCCAAAAACAUUUAUCUUUGAGUGCAGUAUUACCAUUAGACUAUAUUUGAUUUUAUUUCAUUUUUGUGGUGAUAUGCAAUGGAUGUUUGGAACUAUAUGUUUUAAAGAAACUAUGUCUACUGAAUGUCACAGUUUUACAGAAGGGCAUGUGAAUUCAGGUUUUGAAAGAAAAGUGUGUAUUGAACACAAAUACAAAGGUUACGAAAGAACAAUUCGUGGGGAUGUGGAAGUUCAGUUUGAAUUUUGA